AUGGCGGACGUGAAGGGUCAGGAGCAGGCCGCGCCAGCGGAGCACACAACACGACUCUCCGGUUCGGCAGCAUCUCCGACAGGCGGCGGCGGCAUCGAGGUGCGCGAGGACGUUGAGCAGCAGGGCAGUCCGCUGCAGCGUAUCAAGACAUCCUUUGGUGAGCGCCCGGCAUGUUUCAAGAAUACAUUCCAAGAGGUAUCCUUUGUCUUCCAGGCCACCGUGGCCACGGCCACGACGUCGUUCCUCACGGGCGUGGGCAUGAUCGUGACGGCCAGCAUCGGGCGCGACCUGGGCAUGACCCAGGGGGAGAUUUCUUGGAUCACGGCCUCGACGUCGCUCGUCGCCGGCGCCUUUCAGCUCGCCCUGGGCCAGCUCGCCGAUCUCCUCGGCCGCAAGGCCAUGUUUGUCAUUGGCAUGGGCUCGUUUAGCGCGUUUGUUUUGUUGUUGGCCUUUGCCCAGAAUCCUUUUUGGAUGGUCAUAUUUGAGUAA